GCGAGAUUUGUGACCGGGGCGGCGGAGGAGCUCGGCUUUCUUUCUUCCUCUCACGUAUCCUGUCCUCGCUCGCAGAGGAGAGGAGAGUGAAAGAGAGGAGAGGAGGAAGCGAAGAGAGCGUGGCGGUCUUUCCCACUGGCUCUCCUGCUCUCUCCUCUGCUGCUCUCUGCUCAGUAGUGAGUGUCUGGCGUUUGUUGGGUUGUUUCGUUGGGUUGUUGUUAAGUUACAUUUAUCUCGUCCUCUUUUUCUCGCCCUUCUACCCUACGCUUGUCACGGAGGGAGAGCAGGGCAGUGGUCUCGGAAUUUGUGUAUAAAAAUAUAAUAUGAGUCCAGUAUCUCGCUUUGCCGACAGGACCUGGGAACAAGCGGAGAGCUGAGGAGAGGAGAGGAGACGAGAGGUGAAGAGAGAAGAGAGAAGAGUGGCGAAGAGAGAGAAAGCCCGGCGAGGCAGGGCGAGGUGUGAAGUGAAGUGAAGUGAAGUGAAGAAUUGUUGAUCGCAUUGCAUUGUGUAAGACCGGAAGUUUAGAGUAGAGAAGGGCAGCAGCCGCGCGGUGAUUCGUCAUGCGGUUUGUUGUUGGAGUCCUGCGCCUCCUCGCCCGCAUGCAAUUAGCCAGUAGCGAGCUGAUGGGAGAUACGUUCGGCUCCAACAAGACUGUAUCAUAGCUCGAGGGGUGUGUGUAGGAGAUUUGUGUACGAUGUGUGUUGGGUAGAAGGUUUUUUCGAAAAUUUAUUCUCCGUGACACCUGUUUCGGAAUCCCUGCCUUCGUACUUUCCGAGAAAAGGGAGCUAAUGGCAAUUGAGCACUCUAGUUCUUUCUGAUUAAUGCUUCUGCCUCUCAGUACCUUUACUUCUACUCGUCGCACUUCUCGAUUCUCACGUCUCUCUGCGCCCUCCGUUAUCUGAUUUGUACUCGCGCGCUGCUCUCUCCAUCUCUCUCACUCUCUCCCUCUCCCUCUCUCACUCUCUCUGUUGGAAAGAACGAACGGCGGUGCUAUAGAGGAAAUAUAGAGGGCUGCUCGUGGCAGCUUGAACAGCUAGCAACAGAGCCUGUCUCCGAACAAUCGAGGGACUGCUACGAUGAGUAUGCGUUGUCGAUGCAAAUUGAGUGUGCAAGCUACCCAAUCUCUGGCAAAGAGAAGAGAAAUUGCCGUGCUCGCGACCGUGUACUCUGAGGGAGAAGUAUGAUCAGCCGCCUGUAACUGAGGAAUACUGGCGGCUGCCGCAAGAGUUUUCGAGUUUAUGAAAUGGCAUCCAUGGGCCAAGCAGAUCACCUUCCCACACCUUGUCAUCUCAAUGGCAUUUCCCGGCUGAACUGCUCUCCACCAACUGGUGCACUCAACUCAACUCCAAUCUCCUCAUUCUCGAACGCUCUGGCCGCCAACGAUUACCGCGAGAAGUACACGAUGGAGAUGCACUCGGGAUAUGGCAGAUUUUUCCGAAACGGCUCAUCCGGCUACGGGAACCAGCCGUCGGAGAUGGCCCAAGUGUGGCAGCUCGCAGGUCCAGCGGCAGAGAUGCACGCUCUGGCGCAGCAGGAGAACAGCAUGCGAGCAGCAGCAGCUGCGAACGGGAUGGUGGCCAACGAAUGCGGCUCGGACGCAGCCAGUCGAGGAUCGCCGGGGCUACUGCCCACGUCGUCGUCCGAGCUGUAUGGCAGCACGGUGGUGAGCGGCGACUGGGACCAGUUCGUGGAUUCCAGCGUGCGCUACCAAUCCGUGCUCUCGUCCUCGUCCAGUCCGCUCUCGCACAACAGCCCGCACGCCGGCGGCAGCCGCGCGGCGAAUGAGGGCGCCAUGAUUCGCGAGCUCAUCGGGCGCCUCGGAGGAAAUGGCAACGGGGUCGCGUCGCUCGGAGGCUCGCCUCUCGUGGCGAGUCCACAGCGCUCAGGAACAGGGAUGGACAAGGCGCUCAAGCUCGCGACCGGCUGGGGCUCGGGGGAUGCGGCCAACUCCAUGGGCCUUACCGUCGAUCCCUCCAAGGGCGCGCUGGCUCUGCCCGGCGUGGGCCUGGCCGCCUCGCACUGCCUGGCGCAUUUCGCCUCUGAUCCAGGAUUCGCCGAGCGCGCGGCCCGCUUCUCGUCCUUCAGCAACGGCAAUUACUCGCAGCCGUUCCCAACGUCCGACGGCGGCAAGGCCCGGUCCAGGCAGGGCAGCGCCCAAUCGUCCGACGCAACCAAUAACAGGCAGCUGCCGAAGACUUCCAGUUGCCCGUCCAUGAGCGACACCGCUGCCGGAGCCAAAAGUCCCAAGGACGAUCCGGCCUCGUCCGACAUCGACGACCCCGCUCCGGAGCCCGGCGCCGGGGCGGCGGGCGCUGGAGCCGAUAUGGAGCAGUACGCGCGCGAUGGAGACGUUGGGGUCAAGGCAGGGGACAAAAAUCUGUGUAGGACUGCGAGCAGUGUCGCCGCGGGCGACGACGACGAGAGAAUGCAAGCUGCGUCGCCCGUCGACGAGGCGAACGACGCCGAUGAGGCCACCACCGUCGCGCAAGACAUGUCCAGCGUUGGGGACGCCCCCGGCGAGACUUGCCCGUCGGGCGUCACCCAUGUGACCACCGCCACCGAGAAUCUUGUCAAGAAACGGAAGAGCACCCCCGACGAGAAGUCCAAGGAUGCCACAUCCGUCACUGUGUCGUCUCCAGGAGUGCGCGAGACCAAAACAUCGGACAGUGAUGAUGUGAAAGCCAAACGGUUCAAGCGUGGGGAUGCUUCGAAAGACAAGGAUGAUGUGAAGCCCAAGGUAGAGAGGAGCAGUAGUGAGACUUCGGGGGAAACCAGUCCUCGAUCGACGAAAGACCACUCCAAGCCUCAGGAACCGCCCAAGCCGGACUAUAUUCACGUGAGAGCGAGACGAGGCCAAGCCACCGACAGCCACAGUCUUGCCGAGAGGGUGCGUCGAGAGAAAAUCAGUGAGCGCAUGAAGUUCCUGCAAGAUCUUGUGCCAGGCUGCAGCAAGGUCACGGGGAAAGCUGUGAUGCUUGAUGAAAUAAUCAAUUAUGUGCAAUCCUUGCAGCAUCAAGUUCAGUUUCUCUCGAUGAAAUUGGCCGCGGUUAAUCCACGUCUAGACUUCAACAUAGAGAACCUGCUUGCCAAAGAGGUUUCGCGAUCUCAGGGAAUGAUAAUGGGACCCGAGACGUCCUAUCCUCAACUUCAUCCACCGCAUCAGCCCCAAUUACAGCAUGGAGUACCAUGUGGACUGGAAUACCCAGUUCAGUCAUUGGGGAAUCCCUCACAGGUGGCUCUCAGAAGAUCCAUAAGCGCUCCCAUUCCCGCCGUAAUCCCUCGUGAAGAUGGGUUCGCGGAUGGCGUGCCCACGGGUGUAUGGGAUGACGGUGAGCUACAAAGCAUUGUCAUGGGUUUCGGACAACUCCGUUCAUUGUCAUCUCAGGCACUACUACAUGGACAUCUUCCACCUGGACAUAUGAAGGUUGAGCUAUGAUAGUGUACCUGAUCUUCUUUUUUGUGAUUAAUGUGCAUCAGCUGGAAAUACGAGAAAAUUUUUACGAUACUAUAGAACUUGAGAAGUACCGGGCACGGAGUUCUGGCAUGGCAUAAAUGCCAGAGGCGUGUACAACUAGUUCGUCUUCUCAGUCUUCACAGUUCCCGACUUAUUGAGUGAAGCCACCACUUUGCUGAACCAGAAACUUGUGAUCUCCGUCAGUGUAAAAUAGAACGGGAGUAAGUCACGGAGUGAUGUUUUUGGGAAAUGUGGAGAGGGAUUGUGACACCUGAGAGGUUUGUACGAGUCACAUAUCUCCAUCUCUAUCAUAGACCUUGGAGAGAGUGCUUUAGAAAGAAAGGGUGCUCCUUGGGUCCUAAAGCAAUGGAAAUCAAACCAUUUAUCAGGGGCCGUUAUGCUAAGCUGUACUGGUGUGUGGGAAUGAUCCAAGAGUUUCUAGGUGAAGUUGCAUACUGUAAUACUAAGUACCUUACAUUUAAAAUUUUACAUCUUUGAUGUAGCAACCUAUCCGUAGUCCACUCCUCAAACUGUAUAUCAACCGAACUGUCACCCUUUUGUUCAUAAAUUUUUUUUCUAUGUAUCUAUCUGGGU